CGCGUGUGCAAUUUGCAAAUCGUUUCUGCACGUGGGUGGCAAGACAAGAAGCAAGAAGUGCUGAAAGUCAAGUGCACACAGCACAGACACACGCACACACGCACGCACACACACACGCACACACACACAUCACACGCAUCACAUCACAGCCAUGUCUGAGGACGGAGAUCUGGAGAGCUUGAUUGGCAACUCCAGGACACUGCAGUCGUUCACCUCUGCAGCCCUUGAAACAGAACAUGAGGACAGCGGUGACGGGAAGCCGUUGUCGCGCAGGCAGCGGCGUCUGCGCCAGCGUGAACGCGCAAACCUGGAGGCCAGCCUGAAGCAGGAGGAGCUGGUCCGUGCAGCCCGUCAGCAGGAGCGUGCGGAUGAGGAAGACGCAGCAGGACCAGCACCCCUGCCCAUCAAAGUCAGAAACAAGAUCACGCUCCCAAAAGCAACACCCAAGUCCGAGCUUCGAUCACUGCCAAGCGACAGCAAGGACACCAAAGACGAUGACCAGGAUGAGAGGACCGGGCCCAGGACCAAGCGCAGCAAGAGCGCAGCUGCUAGUGGUGGUGAUGACGAGGACGACGCAGCGUUGAUGGAGAUGGCUGCCGCUGAUAGCGCGCCGCUCCCGCCCACAGCACUGCUGGCACUUCGCAAGGAGGAGAUUGCAAGCGCAUGCUCUGCUGUCCUGGAAGCGCCAGAGACACACAUUACCAAACUCGGCUCCAUCAUUGACCUGUGCCGAAGCAACGACGCUGCCAUCAAGUUUGCUGUCCGCAAGCUUGCCAUCGCCUCCCUCACCGCCGUCUUCAGAGACAUUAUUCCAGGGUACCACAUCCGACAGCUGACGGAGAAGGAGCAGACACAGCGCAUGACCAAGGAGGUGAAGCAAGUGCGGGAAUACGAGGGCUCACUGCUCAAGAUGUACCAGGCGUUUCUACAGCACUUGCACACGUGCAUCAAGGACCUGCGUGAGAGCCGUAAGGCAUAUGUGAAGAAACAUGGCCCAAAGAUGCCUGCAAGCAUCGCUCGCGAGGAGAAGGAUUUGAAGCGUGUGGCAUCGCUAGCACUGUUGGCCGCACAGUCGCUGUGUCAGCUGCUCGAAACAGCGCCGCACUUCAACUUCAGAAACAACAUCAUCACCGUCAUUACUCCACUCAUGACCGGAAAGCUCGGCUCUCACCUGAGCCGCGUGACGACGAGCUGUGCCAUUGACGUGUUCAAGGCGGAUCAGGCCUACGACGUCAGCUUGUCGCUGGCAAAGGCCAUUGCGCAGGAGAUCAAGACCAGCGCUUACAACGUCGAUCCACAGAUGGUCGGGUGCUUUCGCUUCCUGAAGAUUCAGGAGCGCCACAUCAAGGCGAAGAAACGCGAUGCCGAGCAAGAUGUCAAGCAGAGACAUGAGGACAGGUACAGCAAGAAGCGGGGGAAACGGGGCAAGAAAGAGGCGCAAAACAAGGGAACUCGCCGCGAACGCAAGGAGUUAAAGGCUGAGAAGGAACUCUCCAAGGAGCUCAUGGCCACGGAGAAGGAGGCCAACACGAAGAAGCUCGAGCACAACCAGACUCAGAUCCUCAAAGUUGUCUUUGCCGUCUACUUCCGAGUCCUCAAGCACGCACAGCAAUCGCGUACGCUGCCGACGGUUCUUGAGGGCAUUGCGCACUUUGCACAUCUCAUCGACGUUGCCGUCUUCUUCGACUUGCUCGAGGUGCUGAAAGAAGUGAUUGCGAGCGGGUCGCUGUCGCUGCCUGCACGCAUGACGGCCAUCUCCGCUGCUAUGACGCUGGUGGCCGAGGAGCACUCGCUCACAGCGGUCGACCCAACGUCGUUCCUCAAGGAGCUGUUUGUGCACAUCCCAGCCACCAUGCUGCACCCGGACCUGUUCAAGCACGUCCUCGCCUGCACCAACCUCCUUCUCGUCCGCAGGAAGGAGGUAUCGGUGGACCGAGUUGCUGGUCUGGUCAAACAGCUGCUGGAUGUGUGUCUGCACCUGCCCCACCACUGCGUCGUGGCAACGCAGGCCCUCGUCCGCGAUGUCGUUAGGAAAUACCCCCGGGUCGCCCCCAUGCUGGAGAACGACACCGUUGCCAGCGGCGUGUACAACCCGCGUGCUGUUCUGCCAGAGCACUCCAACGCGCUCGCAACGGCACUGUGGGAGGGCGCACUCUUUGCUUCGCACUACCACCCCAUUGCUCGCAUGUUCAACACAAACAUCGUCCACGGCGCUCCCUUAACGGGCAACGCGCGUCUGCCACCCGAGCACGUCAAGCGCACGUAUCGAGACUACCUGGCGGAGAUGAGCCCAAACGACAAGGACUGGCCCUUCAUGCCGUCAAUGCAGUCCCUCUACCGACGCCCGCGUCUUGUCCACACCAAGAAACCAAAGGAGAUAUGUCCACAUGUGCAGUUGGCAGUGGAAGAGGUCGAGGCGUUCGAUUUUGACCGGGCACUGAAGCUGGGCAGUGUGGUUCCGCGUGGCGAGCACAGCAGUGGCGCUGCUCAGCAGGUGGAGGGCACCAGUCCAGCCAAGGCAGACCACCACGGCACGGGCAAGGGCAAGGGCAAGAAGACGCGUCGAAAGCGCAGGGGCGGGGCCAAGAACAAGAAGGCGAUGAAGGAUGGUGCAAGAGCAGCAACAGCGCGACGGCCGGGCACUCGCGAUGUUGGUGGAUCUUCGCGGAGUAACGGUGUACAGGGGCAGAGGAAGAAGAACAAGGCUACAAGGCAUCAGGGCGGUCGUCUGUAGUUGCAAGACACAAUGAGAGGAGGAGUGGCUCGAGUGUGUCAAUGACGACGUUAUGUGUGCGUGGUUGCUUGCUGCGUGCACAUUGCACCGCUGUUGCUUGCCUCUUGUGUGGGUUGCAGUAAACGUGCGUUGCUGG